GGGUCCGGAACUCAAUUGAAUAGGCUUGACCGAUCUGGCAGUGGGAAGAGUUAGAGGGCCGGACAUCAGAGGGGAAGUGCGGCCGGAAGGCUUCAGAGAGUGCGCCAGAAGUACAAGUGUCGGCAGGAUCAAAUUCGGGACACCGUCCUCGAAAUCCGGCAGGCUACAACUCAAAACUGCAGAAACCCGAGUUCAAACAGACGCUGCCGUUGUGACCACCAGCAGAUUCCACUUCUGUGAUUUCGUUGGUUUGCCUUGAAGUGAGUCGUGGACGAGUCGCUGUCAGUUCAGGCCCGUGGGACCCGAAAGCCAGAGAUCCUGACUUCUGAGAGGGAUAUCCAAGAAAUUCAGGAGGAGCUGACAGUUUCUGUGUCUCUAACCACCCUGUGGCUGGACCCAGCAUGUCACAGGCCACCAAGAGGAAGCAUGUGGUGAAGGAGGUGCUAGGGGAGCACGUGGUACCCUCUGACAGGCAGCAGAUCGUGAGGGUACUCAGGACCCCAGGGAAUAAUCUGCAUGAGGUGGAGACCGCCCAAGGGCAGCGCUUCCUGGUAAGCAUGCCCUCCAAAUACCGCAAAAACAUCUGGAUCAAAAGAGGGGACUUUCUCAUUGUUGACCCCAUUGAAGAGGGAGAAAAAGUGAAGGCUGAGAUCUCCUUUGUGCUUUGCAAGGACCAUGUGCGUUCUCUGCAGAAGGAGGGGUUCUGGCCUGAGGCCUUCUCUGAAGUGGCUGAGAAGCACAACAGCAACAGAAACAGACAGACUCGGGCAGAACUCCCAGCUGAGCCACGGUCAUCAGAAGAGUCCAGCUCUGAAGAUGAUUCUGACCUCUUUGUUAACACCAACCGCAGACAAUACUAUGAGAGUGAGGAGGAAAGUGAAGAGGAAGAGGCAGCUUGAGACCUGAGACCAACUUUUCCUCUUGUUCAGGGACUAGUCUCAGGCUUCCCUGGGCUUGGUCAUUCCCAGGGUGCCCUGCAGAUCCUCACCCCUGGAGAGGGACAAGGCAGGGCCCCUUUCUGAACUGUCCUUCUGACUUAGGUGAAUUAAACCCCUGGUGGGUUGUGA